AUGGCGGCAAGCGUGGACGCCAAACUGCUCCGGCAGACCAAAUUCCCUCCCGAAUUCAGCCGGAAGGUGGACAUGAAGAAAGUGAAUAUCGAGGUCAUGAAGAAAUGGAUCGCCGGCAAGAUCUCCGAGAUUUUGGGCAACGAGGAUGAUGUGGUGAUUGAGCUUUGCUUCAACUUGUUGGAGGGUUCCAGGUUUCCCGAUGUGAAAUCGCUUCAGAUUCAGCUUACGGGCUUUUUGGACAAGGAUACCGCCAAGUUUUGCAAGGAGCUUUGGUCGCUGUGUCUGAGCGCGCAGGAUAAUCCCCAGGGUGUUCCCAAGGAGCUGUUGGAGGCUAAGAAGCUGGAGCUUAUACAAGAAAAGCUGAGAAGGCCGCCGAAGAGGCUCGCAGACAGAAAGAGCAAGAGCGCACAAGGGAGAGAGAGCUGGAGGAUAUCAGACGGAGGGAGCGCUCGGAGCGGACACGCGGAGCUGGGGGAGGAGCAAGACGAGGUGUCGGUGGUGGUGGCCGCGGCGGUGGUCGAGACUUCGAGAGACGGCCGCGGUCACCUCCCAGGCGACGUAGCAGGGAGCGUUUCCGGGAGCCACCUGCGCGACGGGAGUUUGACUCGUACGUCCCCUCCGGUCCUCGCAGAGGUCGUCGGCCUUCCUACUCGCCCAGCCGCUCACGUUCGCGAUCCGGCUCCUCGUCGCGGUCGCGGUCACCACCGCCCCGUCGCCAGCAGCGCUAUUCGAGCAGGGACCGGAACAGGCGACGUCGCUCAGUUAGCAACUCGGACUCCCCGGACCGCGGGGACCGCCGCCGGCCCAGGAGACGCAGUCCGGAUUACGAAGAGACCGCCGGAGACGGAGAUCCGUCUCUUCCCGCAGUGCAUCGCGCUCGCCUGCCGUGAGAGACAAGCGCAUAAGACGGGGCUCGCCGUCGGCGUCCCGCUCCCGAUCCAGGUCAUCGGGGUCGGAUGCCAGUGGGCCUCGACGACGGAGGAGAUCGCCCGCAAACCCCGUGAUGACCGCCGCCUGAGUCGCAGUAGAAGUCGCGAUGAUGACCACCACCGCCGCAGACGUCGGCCUUCCUCUAGGGACCACAGCCGUGACCGCAGCCACAGUCGAGGCCGUUCGCGUAGCGCCAGUCAGGACUCGCGGAGCCGCAGCCGGAGUCGCAGUCGAGGCCACGCAAGGGAUCGCAAGAGACGUCGUUCCAUCGAAAGAUAUGCCCCCGCAGGCCGGAGACGGUCUUCCGCGUCCGCUCCUGGUGACAAACGACAGAGGAUGGCUGAUGAUAAUGAAGAAGCGACAAGACAACCUGAACCUCCAGCGGAGAGACCGAGUGCCGGCGACCAUGAAAUGAAGGAAGCCGAUGAGGUGGGUGAAUAA